AUCUACCCAUGCCUCUAUACGUGAUAAUUUUGACCAGGAGCUGUUAAAAGAGCGGGCAUGGCAUGCUGUGGUUCACGAAACGUCAGGUUUCAGAACGAUCUCGAGGUGCAGCAGUUGAAAGCAAUCUCCUUGGAGAGCCCAUCAACAGCGAGCAAGAACCACAGCAAGCUGCCUCACGAUCCAAGGAAAUGCAGGCUGGGCUCCCGGGUCUGCCCGGAGAGGCCGUGCAGAAGCAUCAGGGACAGGGUGCUGUCGCGCGCCUUCUCGGAGGAGCUGGAGUCGCUGAUGCACUCCGGCGGCCACCUCUUCUUCGACCCCCGCGGCCGGGUGAUCCACCUGUGGAACAAGAUCUUCCUCACGGCGUGCCUGCUCUCGCUCUUCGUCGACCCGCUCUUCCUCUACCUCACCGGAACCCAGCAGAACAUGUGCAUCGAGUUCAAGCACUCGCUGGCGCUCAUGCUCUCCGUCAUACGGUCGCUGCUGGACGUGUUCUACGCGGCCCACAUCUGCCUCCGCUUCCGGACGGCGUUCAUCGCGCCGUCUUCCCGGGUGUUUGGGAGAGGAGAGCUUGUGAUUCAGCCCUACAAGAUCGCCAUGAGGUACCUGUCACGGACCUUCUGGUUUGAUCUCAUCACCGCGCUGCCUCUACCACAGUUCGUGAUCUGGGUCGUCGUGCCUAUGCUGAAGGAAUCCGCCACGGCAAACCGGAAGGACAUCCUUCGGUUCAGCAUCAUCUUCCAGUACCUCCCGCGGCUCUUCCAGAUCUUCCCGCUCACGAGGCAGAUCGUCAUGGCGACCGGAGCCAUGACGGAGAACGCAUGGGCCAGCGCGGCGUAUAACCUCAUACUCUACAUGCUGGCAAGCCACGUUCUGGGAGCAUUGUGGUACCUCUUCUCGGUGCAGAGGCAGGAGGCGUGCUGGAGAGAGGCGUGCAAUCUGGAGGGCCCCAUGUGUCGGACCGAGUUCUUCGAUUGCAACACCGUAAGCAGCAACAGGACCAUCUGGUACGAGCUGAGCAACAUAACAAGAUUGUGCACUCCGGACAAUAGUUUCUACCAGUUCGGGAUUUACGCAGAGGCGUUCAACUAUAAGCUCACGACGUCGGCCUUCACGCAGAAGUACUUCUACUGCUUCUGGUGGGGACUCAAGAACCUCAGUUGCCUAGGACAGAAUCUGGCGACGAGCUUGUACAUUGGAGAGAUAAGCUUUGCAAUCGUCAUUGGCGUCCUUGGGCUGGUGUUGUUUGCUCUGCUCAUUGGCAACAUGCAAUCGUAUCUCCAAGCGACCAUGAUCCGACUGGAGGAGUGGCGGACGAAGCGGACGGACAUGGAGCGGUGGAUGCACCACCGGCAGAUACCCCAGCCGCUGAAGCAGUGCGUGAGGAGGUACCAGCAGUACAAAUGGGUGGCCACCCGCGGCGUGGACGAGGAGGCCUUGCUCAAGGACCUCCCCAUGGACAUCCGGCGCGACAUCAAGCGCCACCUCUGCCUGGACCUCGUCCGGCGAGUGCCUCUGUUCGACGAGAUGGACGAGCGGACGCUGGAGGCCAUCUGCGAGCGGCUGCGGCCGGCGCUCUACACCCGUGGCACGCGGCUGGUGCGCGAGCUGGACCCCGUGGACUCGAUGCUCUUCAUCAUCCGAGGGUACCUCGACUCGUACACGACGCAGGGGGGGCGGUCCGGUUUCUUCAACUCGUGCCGCAUCGGGGCAGGGGAGUUCUGCGGGGAGGAGCUCCUGACGUGGGCGCUGGACCCGCGCCCUUCCGAGUACCUGCCGCGGUCCACGCGCACCGUGCGGGCCGUCUCCGAGGUCGAGGCGUUCGCGCUCGUCGCGGAGGACCUCCGGUUCGUGGCGUCGCAGUUCCGGCGCCUCCACAGCGCGCGGAUCCGGCACAGGUUCCGGUUCUACUCGCACCAGUGGCGGACGUGGGCGGCGUGCUUCAUCCAGGCCGCAUGGCGCCGGCACAAGCGACGCCGCGCGUCCAUGGAGCAUAGGAUGCCCCAGGCAGGCGACGGGCGGGCGGGAGGGAGCGUGAGGUGCCGCCGGCACAGCUGCGACGGCAAGGCGCUCAAGAAGCCCAUGGAGCCGGAUUUUACGGUGGAACAAGAGAUCUAAAUUGUAAGGGGCCGCCUAUUCUUGAGGAGAUAGCUGAAAACGUUUUCAGUUUCCGUCGAUUGUAUAGGAACCGUUGGAUAGGAAACGGACGGACAGAUCUUCUAUUCUACCACCAAACGUUGACUGCUCAAUCCUGUUGCAAACUGC